CUUGGCAGGUACGACGACCCGUAAUUUUCGACGAUGCCAUAUAUGUUCCAAACAAUAAAUGCAGUCCAGUGUGCGAGAUUACAACUUGAAGCCGGAUUAUGAGACAACAGGCAAACCAUACCUACCGCUUGCAAGUGAUGUCUCGUGCCGCCCAUCUUUCCUCAACACCCUCAAAGCAAGACAUGCAGGCCUGGGAGGUUUCAUUGACCUCCCGGAGUUGAGUCUGCCAUCACUCCGAGUCGUCCCACUCGUCCAGUUCUUUGCAAGUUAUGUAUAGGGAGUCAUCCAGUUUGAUAAGGUCAGCUUGCAUUUCCUCCAGUUUGUGUUGUGUUGCCUUGAGCGUCGCCUCAGUCGUAGCCAAGCGAUCCUCCAGAUCCGCAGCAGUCGUCCCUCUCAGCCCGUGGGUUGCGAGGUGCCUCUCAAACACUGCUUGGCGGCUGUCCUGUUGCCGUAACAUGGCCAGCAGGCCGGAGACAAUCCCAACGAAUUGUGCGACGCAUGGCGCAUGCAGUUGCGCAGAUUGUAUCUGCAGCCGCAACUGCUCCAACUCCAAGCCCGGCAGGGAAACGACAGGCAAGGGGGCCACGAGUGGCGCAACAGAGGCGAGGCGAGGCGAGGCGAGGCGCGACUUUCAAAGUCGCAGGACCGCCAGUAGCGGUUGUGGGAGGCUGCCUGGAAUCGGCCACGGCGGUCACUGGCCGGACCCCAUUAGGUUGAUUGGCAGUCACCUUGCCAGGCUCGGGUUGUGGGUCAGACAUGGUCGCGCCCAGUUCAUUGAGCUGAGCGCAUACAACACUGCAUGCCAUUGACAUUGACACCGUUGUCGUCAUCAACAUAGCCAUCGCCACCGUCAUCUACGCCGUCGGCCCGCGGCUUGUUGCCCUUUGCUUUGGCAGCCGCCAGCGGAUGUUCGUCUUCAUCGGACGUCUCCAUGUGGUUUGACUUCAGCUUUUCCUUCGCUUGCCGCGGCCGCUUCGUUGCACCUGGCUGACGUGUGUCUUUAUCGUCCUCGGCCGCUCUUGCACGCUUCUUCCCUGCUUUGCUGGCCGACUCUGCGGGGCCAGGCUGAUAGG